AUGUGCGAGGUUUUGGAAGUGCUUCUGGUGGUUCUGUGUCCCAGCACUAUAUCUCAGAUGAAGAGAGAGAGAGAGAGAGAGGGAGAGGGAGAGGGAGAGAGAGAGUUGGUGUAUGUGUGGGUGAGAGAGAGUGAGUGAGGGAGAAAAGGAGGCUAGGAUGAAUAAGGGGUUAGUCCUGGGAUUGUCCUCGAAAGGAGAGGAGCUAUUUUUGUUUGUGUGAUACCAAUGAGAGCAUGUGUUGUGUUUGCUUAUACUGACGGUUGAGAUAUUUUUUCUUUUUUUUUCCAAAGAGAGGAAACAACCACAAUAAGGCACCACCAUGAGCCGGACCACCUUCUUUGAGGUGGAGGUUCUUGAUGCCAAGACAAGGGAGCAGCUUUGUUUUUUAGAUAAGGUGGAGCCUCAUUCAUCAGUAGGAGAUAUAAAGAACCUCUUUCACAAAUCAUAUCCUCACUGGUAUCCAUCAAGACAGGCUCUGAAGCUUGAUCCCAACGGAAAAUCACUCAGAGACGAUGAAAUCUUACAACAUCUACCUGUCGGGACCACUGCUACGAUGUACUUCAAAGAUCUUGGUCCACAGUUAAGCUGGACUAUGGUGUUUCUUGCAGAGUACAUCGGGCCCCUUCUCACCUACCUCCUCUUCUAUUUCCGAGUGCCAUACAUUUAUUCACACAGAUAUGCCUUUACCGCAAGUCCUCAUAGUGUUGUCAUGCUGGCGUGUGUCUGUCACACCUCGCACUACGUGAAGAGGUUGGUCGAGACUAUCUUUGUGCAUCGUUUCUCACACGGGACCAUGCCUCUCAGGACGAUAGUCAAGAAUUGUGCCUAUUACUGGGGUUUCUCAGCUUGGCUGGCCUACUAUAUCAACCACCCUCUUUAUACACCUCCAUCAUAUGGAGAACUACAAAUCAACUAUGCACUGGUCAUAUUUGUGAUGUGUGAACUGGGCAAUUUUUCCAUUCACUUGACUCUAAGUAAUCUCAGAGGAGAUGGAUCCAAAGGCCGAAGGUUUCCCACGCCCACCAAGAACCCCUUUACGUGGCUAUUUUUCUUUGUGUCCUGUCCGAAUUACACAUAUGAGGUUGGAGCUUGGGUGAGCUUUUCCAUUAUGACCCAGUGUCUUCCAGUGGCAUUAUACACAUUACUGGGGUUUAUUCAGAUGACCAUCUGGGCCAAAGGGAAGCACAGAGCCUACAGCAGAGAGUUCAAGGACUACCCCAGUCUUAGAGUGGCCAUUAUUCCACUGAUUCUCUAAUAGUGGUUGUCGCAUGAACUAUUGGGGAUGCCGCUGCUGAAUCCCUCUCUAUGCAAUAUCAUUAUUAUUAUUAUUUUUAACAAAUUAAUGAGCUUAAAUAAGUAAGUAUGGGAGCAAUAAUGUUGCAAUAAAUCUGAACCUUUAAAGUUGGUAUAAUUAACUUUUUUUUUUUUUUUUCGAACAAGUAAUAUAAGGCGAAUGUGUCCCUGUUCUACCAUGACUGUUUAGGCCUUGUUUGAGCCUUGUUCUAAACAGACUGUUUCGGUGUUUGUAGCUUUAAGUGCAAACUGCGCAAAUGCAAUUGUGCAGAUUUGAACCAGCCAGAGGCCCCUCAAUACAUUUGAAAACUUGAAUGGCUUGUCCAAAUUUCUAACAGUGGAGAAAAGAAACAAAAAAGGGGAUUGUCUUUGCUCCCAAUUUUGAAAAUGGGGAUAAGGAUCUAUAAGUAUGUUUAGACUAUAUAUAUGUUUUUUUAAACCUUUAAAUAGCUGAGAACAGUUUAAUUCCCGUUGUCUAGUUUAAAGUAGGGGUUUCAUUUUCUCAGUUUUCAUUUUGACACAGUUUGGAAGUUAGAUUAAUUUCUGCCACAUGCUCUAUACUCUGUAAACAUUUAUCAGAACAUUACAUUUUCUGUAAUGGAAUCCUCCAGAACGUGACUAAAGGCUGAAAGAUUAGGUUCUUCAGUAAUCUAUGUUCAAACCAGUGAGCUGUGCCUACUACAGGCUGGCAAAAUGCUGCUUUUUUUUAUUAUUGCUUUUUUUUCUUCCAGUGAUGCAAGUUUUCAAGUUUUCAAGCAAGAAACCUUCUUCAUGAUAAAGUGCCUGCAUAGAAAGCAACUAACAAAUUUAAAAUGUCAUUGCAUCCAUUUAAGAGCGCAGCAUCAUCUUUGGGGAGGAAUGCUGACGAAGCAGACGUUUAAUCAUGCUAAUGUUAAGCUUUUCUACUGUACAGAUCAUUUUCUUCAGACAAAUGGGAACCGUUUUGAAAUACAACUUCUGAUAGGGUUCUCUAGCCCAUGUUUUAUUAAUCUCAGGUAUUAUCAAGUUGCUAAAACUCCAGUGUGAAUGUAAAGCCAAACAGUAUGUCUGAAUAAAUGCGCACACGUUAAGGAAAAUGAAACUUUAUUUGA